AAACUAUCAGCCUUUAUUCAUAUAUAUUAGAUAGACAGCAUUUACAAAAAACAAGCUUUUUAGUAGGUGAAUGAUUUGUUAAGAUAUAUACUGUAGUAAAUAACUUGUUUUAGGAAAGAUAAAAUUUUUCUCAUUGUAUAUUGUAGCCUGGUGAGUUUUUUUAAGGUGUAAAAAGCUGAAAGUAUUUUAAAAUAAGUUCCUGAAACCAAAGUAUGUUUUUGUUAUACCCUUCACCUGUUGAUAGCAUUUUAAGCUUUCUAGUCUCUGGAUAUUUUUCUAUUAGUUGACCUAUGUGUUUUUCUUUCAAUUAUUUUGUCAGAUUGGAAGCAGUGAAAAAACAGAUCCUGAACUUGUGAUUCUUCCAGAUGGAUAUGACAAGAAUAAUGUGCUCCAUAUAAAGCUGGAUGAUGAAGGUUGCUUCAAUGCAGUGGUUAAAUAUAAUGGAGUUAUGCUGAAUCAAGGACAGCUGACAGUCAUAUCCCUCAAUUCCAAAGAUGCUGAACAUGUCAACAAGAAUAUAAAGAAUAAGUGUUGGAAUGUUUGGUAUGAAGCAUAUCAAUUGACAAGCGAUGAUACAUCUCCAGCCGCACCCUCUGGCUCAAGCGCCCCUGCCACACCCAAAAUGCCUUCUGGGGCAAGAAGGCCAUCUAGCAAUUUUGAACAUGCUUCAUUUGCUAUAACAGGAUUGAAUACCGUUGGCCUGAAAAAGGCUCGCAAAGUCUACUGUUACAUCUCCAAAAAGCAAUUACAAAUCAAAGAAUUUUACAUGAAGAUUAUUCCACAUAGAUUGUAUGGAUUUCGAGUUCGGCCCGCAACAAAGAUUAUUCUGCACCCCCCUGACCGCAGUGUAGAUCACCCAGCGUUUACUGUAGACGAUGGUUCCCAGCCUCCCAUCACUGUUAUGUGUAAGGAAAGAAAUGUGUUGGUGGCGACCUUCUCAAGGCUUUUGCUCACCAAAAUAGGAGGGUCAGAAAGCUUUAAAGACAAGCAGGAAUUCUUUUAUCGUGAAUUAAUUAAUUACCACGGACGCAAAACGGGUGAAGUGAACUUGAAGAUAGUCCGACGUAAACUCUUGGAGAGUUCCUAUCAAGCCACAAUGAAGACAUUAUAUUCCAGCGACUGGUUACGAUAUUUUAAAAUCACAUUUAAAGACGAACCAGGUGUUGACUGGGGCGGUUUGCGGCGCGAGUGGUUUGAGUUGUUGUGCAAGGCGCUAUUUUCUCACGAAGCUGGAUUCUUCAGUCGCUUUAACGCUGAUGAUCCUCAAGCCCUGGUUCACCCGAAUCCGCGGAGACCCGCUCAUUUGAAACUGAAGUUUUACGAGUUCGCCGGACGCAUCGUUGGAAAAUGCUUGUACGAGUCCGCCAUGGGAUCAACUCGGAGAAUAAAUGUGAAAGCACGAUUUAGCAGAUCAUUCCUGGCCCAACUGCUUGGUCUUCGUGUGAGCUAUAGGUACUUCGAGAUUGACGACAAGGACUACUAUCGGAGCAAAAUCAAAUUCAUCGAAGAGAAUGACCCGGAGGACUUGGCACUAGUAUUUGCAGAGGAGGUGUACGAUCAGCAGGGGCGCGUAGAGAAGUUGGAGGAUUUGAAACCAGGUGGAGCUCAGAUACCAGUAACAGAAUCAAACAAAAGAGAAUAUUUAGACUUAUUAGCUCAGCAUCGUCUGGCAUCCUCGGUCAAACAGGAGAUUGAGGCUUUUGUGAAAGGUUUGAAUGAAAUGGUUCCAGACAGUUUACUGAGUGCCUUCGAUGAAUACGAGCUUGAGCUUUUGAUGUGUGGGACUGGAAACAUCAGUGUUACAGAUUUCCAAAAUAAUCACACUGUUCUACAUUGUUUGGGACCAUUUAGAAAGACUUUGGAAUGGUUUUGGACGAUUGUGACAAGUUUUACUCAAGAAGAGCUAGCGCGACUGGUUCAGUUUAUCACAGGUUCCUCUCAGCUUCCCCCUGGGGGAUUUGCCGAGCUUUCACCACAAAUACAGAUCUCGUAUGCACCUCUUACAAACGCACUACCUACAGCACAUACCUGUUUUAACCAGCUCUGUUUACCAUCCUACUCGUCGUUCAAAGAGAUGCAAGAAAAACUUUUACUUGCAAUAAACGAGGGGAGCGAAGGAUUUGGUUUUGCCUAAGAAUGGAGAAUUAACAAGAUCGUUUAGCCGUGCUUCAAAAAAUAUAUAACUGUGGGUCAAGGACUGGGGUUAAGACAUGCUCUAGUGUACAGACCCUUGGAUUUCUAUGAUCGGAAAGGAUUUUCUCCAAAGGUAUUUACGCCUUGUUAAGCAUCUGGAGAAGGAACAAGAACGCAAGUCGCCUCAGAUCCCCAGAGUGCGUGAAAUAGAGUCCUACGAAAGCUUAAGGCUUAUGGAGUAAAGCAUCGCUUGUAAUUUCUGUAGGAAAUAGUCUCAAGAGUUCUGAUAGCCGCAGAACUAACAGCACUGACAUAACCAUUCUGUGACCAUAACUGGGUUAGAAAAUAAUUUUAUGAAAUUGGUCACAAUGUAGACAAAGCAAAGUAGUUUUGUAAAAGGGUCUGCUCGAACCCGUCUGAUAGUUUUGUAUUACACGAUACUCAAAACAACUUUUUCUUAUUAAAGAUGGAAUUGCGAUUUUA